AUGGAUACAACAACUAGAAAUAGAAUGAAUGGAAACAAGAAGAAGAAGGAAGAUGAAGUAGUUAGUCCUUCAAUCGGUUCGCCAGGUUUGGUCAACAAGGCACUGAGUAAAGCGAGUAGUCGAGACGAUUUCGACUCGAGCAAAGACGAGACCUCGUCGGACGACGACUCCCAAGCCGUUGCCAACGCCACCAACAACGCAGACAACGCCAAGCCCACAGAUCCACCCGAAUCGAAAUACAAAAAGUUGGCAGUGCGUUCGGUGAUCGGUGCCAUGAUGAUUGCCUUCUUCACACUGAUCCUAUCGACCGAUCAUUUCAUAGUUUCGCUAUUCGUUAUUGCCCUUCAACUACUGGUUUUCAAAGAGAUGGUCUCGCUUCGUUACAUCGAGGCCAAGGAGAAGAAGAUCCCACGUUUCAGAACACUGGCUUGGUUCUUCUUGCUUUCCGCCUUCUUUUUCUUCUAUGCCAAGCCAAUUCUAGUGAAGCUUGCAACCUACUACCCCGAUAUUUUCCAACAUUUCGUACACUAUCAUCUCUGGCAUUCAUUCUCACUUUAUUGUAUUGGAUUUGUAUCUUUUAUUUUCACACUUAGAAAAGGAGUUUAUAGAUACCAAUUCUCACAGUUCACAUGGAUUCUCAUGAUUUUGAUGAUGGUCGUCGUUCAAUCGAAUUUCAUUAUCUCGAAUAUCUAUCAAGGAUUCAUUUGGUUCAUUCUCCCAGUGGCAAUCAUUGUUUGCAAUGAUAUCUUUGCCUAUUUCAAUGGUUUCUUCCUUGGAAAGAAGUUUAUUCAAAAGCCAUUAAUGAAAAUCUCACCAAACAAGACAUGGGAAGGUUUCAUUGGUGCAACCAUCUGGACAUUGGUCUUUGCGUAUUAUUUUGCUGGAUUUUUAACACAAUUCCAAUGGUGUAUUUGUCCAAAGGGUUCCAGUGGAUUCAUGGAAACACUCACCUGUGUUCCAGACCCAGUAUUCGUCGAGAAGGAUUACGUUCUUCCAGUUGAAGUAUCAGCUUUCCUUUCAAAAUACAUUGGUAUUCAAAUGACACAUUUCUCAUAUGUACCAAUUCAAUAUCAUGCUUUAGUUUUGGCAUUGUUUGGAUCAUUGAUUGCACCAUUCGGUGGAUUCUUUGCUUCAGGUAUCAAGAGAGCCUACAAGAUCAAGGACUUCGAUAAUAUUUUCCCCGGUCACGGUGGUGUUACCGAUAGAACAGAUUGCCAAUUCAUCAUGGGAUUGUUUAUUCAUGUCUAUUAUCUCACUUUCAUCAAGACCAACGACUUGGAUGCCAAUCAAAUCUGGCAAGGUCUAUUGAUGCUUCCAAUCGAUCAACAAGUUCAAAUCUAUCAAAAAUUACAAACCACCAUCGAAUCUGUAUUGAUCAAAGCUUAA